AUGACAGAAGGAGUCAUGACCAGCCGCUCACCAUCCUCCCCUUGGCUGCAAAACUCCCUUCGUGAUGGCGCACUUCUGAGUAAAUCGCCCUCUAACGCCAUGGUGUCCAGCCCUAUCGAUCGAUCGAGUCCCAAUUACUUCGGGAUGAGCACAAACCCUGCCCAGACCUCAAACUUGGGCCCCGUACAGAAGAACUGGGGCACGUCACCUCAUCAGUCCGCGCAUAGUCAGAUACAUAUCCAUCCCCAGGAACUGAUGUCCGCGGGGUUAAAGAAUAUGCUGAAGACCGAGCCUGAAAUGCAUCGGUUACGUCGUGAAUCAACCAUCAAUGAAUCCUUCAACGGAAAGCAACCGAGUCCUGGGUCGAAGCCUUCACCAUCCUUCCCGCUGGGGGGGUUUUCCCUGGGGCAACCCAGCCCAAGGCAAGUCACUGGCAGGAACCCAGUCUCCGCAGAAACCGCCCUUCCAUUCCCCUGGAUCUCUCCCGAACGUUGCGCCGAUUUAUUGAAAGUAUCUCAGUCAAAUGUCAUGCUGUUCGACGUUCGCCCAUUCGCCCAUUAUAACAAUGCCAACAUCAAAGGGUCCCUCAACCUAUGCAUCCCAACUACUCUGCUCAAGCGGCCCUCGUUUGAUACUAAGAAAUUACAGAGCACUUUCAGCGACGAUGCCACAAAACAAGAUUUUGGAAGGUGGAGGGACUGCAGGUUCAUUAUUGUCUAUGACUCUGCAUCUGCCGAUUCCAAAGAUGCAAUGCCCCUGCUGAACGUGCUUAAAAAGUUCCAGGCCGAAGAUUGGAAAGGUGAGGGCUUGGUUCUACAAAGUGGAUUUGAAGGAUUUUCGAAGCAGUUUCCACACAUGAUUCAGCAGUCACAGUCACAGCCGACUGGGCCCUCCAAGCGUCCUGGGCCCAUGGGGAUCAAUCUGCAAUCCGUUGCCCCCGUCGUCGGCGGUUGUGCUCUGCCGGAAUCAACCUCUGCCGUGAAUCCAUUCUUUGGGAAUAUUCGGCAAAACAUGGACCUCUUGGGCGGCGUCGGACAGAUUCCCCUGAAACAACCAGAUCAAAUCACAGAACGAAAGCGACAGCAACUUCCUCGAUGGCUACGGGGCGCCUCUGAUACCAACGACAAAGGGCAUAUUGUCUCGGACAAAUUCCUUAGCCUGGAGAAAACUGAGCUCGAACGCAUGAAGCAAGCUCUGACGUACGAGGGACCAUCGGCGGAAGCCAACGGAAGUUCUAAGAAAUAUCGUGUUGCGGGCAUUGAGAAAGGCACGAAGAAUCGUUACAACGAUAUUUACCCUUUCGACCACUCUCGUGUACGACUGGAGGGAAUCCCAUCUGGGGCCUGCGAUUAUGUGAACGCGAAUCAUAUCUCGGCAGAACUCACCAAUCGAAAAUACAUCGCGACACAAGCGCCUGUUCCUGAUACGUUUAAUGACUUUUGGCGUGUUGUAUGGGAACAGGAUGUGCGACUUCUCGUCUCCCUCACCGCAGAGGUCGAACGGGGUCAGGUGAAGUGCGAUCGUUAUUGGGAGCCUGGAACCUACGGACCCUUUGAGGUGAAAGCCUAUUCGGAAAAGUAUAUAUACAUCGAAUCUCAAGGCCAAUCUAUCGAUCCGAGUGCGGGGAUUCUCAAGACAACGAGCGAGAAACGAGAUGGGACGAACGAAAAUCCGGUCAUUAUUGUCCGCCACUUCAGCAUCUGCCACACCUCAUUCCCUUUCCAACCACUUCGGGAUAUCACCCAACUUCAAUACCCUUACUGGCCCGACUUUGGGACAACCUCGCAACCUACCCAUCUGCUUCACCUCAUUGAGCAGUGUAACAAGGUCAUCCGUGCCACCAGUAACCCUGCCUUUAACAGCCACCAAGCAGAACCCAAGGGCCAACGGCCGGUUUUGGUGCACUGCAGCGCUGGGUGUGGACGUACAGGAACCUUCUGCACCGUUGAUAGUGUACUCGACAUGUUGAAACGACAGCGUGCCCAUGCCAAGGGCGAGAGAGACACAGGUUCAAAUCCCACCGACAACACUGAGUGGGUCCGAAAUCUGGAUAUUGACCUAAUUGCGAAGACAGUUGAAGAUUUCCGAAAGCAGAGACCCAGCAUGGUCCAGAAUCUAAGUCAGUAUGCGCUAUGCUAUGAAAGCGUCCUCGAGUGGCUCGUGACCCAGAUGAGCUAG